GCGCGUGCUUGUAGUAUCAUUUUCACGGUAUUCACUGGCAGAGCAGAUGCAAUCCUGGGCCAGAUUCCUUUACCCGCAUCUGAAACUCAACGUCGCACGUAACAGCACCAGAACACACAUUCGAUCCAUGCAGGUAGCAGCAUCUACGACGGUUGGCAGUAAAGCUAGACGCUCUGCCACCCGGCCCCAUCCACCACAAACAGCACCGAACCAGACUAAUGGACAAGGCGGACAAGUUGAUGCAAUGGACACGAGUCGAACACACCUCUCGACUAUGAGAUUUCGAGAUGCCCCUAUAUCUAACGCGUCCAAGGCAGGUAUCAAGCACGAAUUUUUAACAGACGUUCAAGAGGCCACGCUCAAGCUUGGUUUGAGUGGCAUAGACCUUCUUGUGCAGGCUAAGACGGGAACAGGAAAAACUGUCGCAUUCCUUCUCCCUGCUAUAGAGCGACUCGAAAAGCAAAAUUUACCACAGGAUAAGAUAUCCAUUCUUGUUAUUUCUCCUACGCGUGAACUGGCACUACAAAUCGAGAAGGAAGCCCGAGAUUUAAUUGCUCAUCGCCAACUAUGUGUUCAAAAUGCCAUCGGUGGUACAAAUAUCAACAAGGAAAAAAGUCGUAUAUUUUCCCAGCGCUGUGACAUUCUUGUUGCUACUCCCGGCCGGCUUAUUGAUCACCUACAGUCCAACAAUCUGAAACCGCGUCUAAGCAACCUCCAGACUCUCAUAUUGGAUGAAGCGGAUCGCUUACUCGACCAAGGCUUCAAACGCGAUCUUGAAACAAUCUUCUCUUUUCUCCCUGAUCGAAGACACGUUCCGCGACAAUGUAUGCUUUAUUCCGCCACAUUGAGCCAGGAGAUCAAACAGAUUGCCUCAUUAUAUCUCCACUCCAAUCAUAAGUUUGUAUCAACUUUAACGGAAGGCGAAACUAAUACCCAUAAACACGCUGCUCAAUUCUACGCUAUCGCACCAAUGUCUGAUAUCCACCCUGCUACAAUUUCCAUUCUGUUGUCCGACGCUGCGGCUCACCCUGGUUCUUCAAAGACUAUUAUCUUUUGUACAACCGCUCGCGCCACAGCAUUUGCAGCUGAAGUUGCCCGCCAAGCAGGUGGUUCGCAAAUGCCCCAAGUGUUCGAAAUCCACAGUCGCAUGUCGCAAAAUGCCCGCAUCAAAAGUGCAGACGCGUUCAAGAGUGCUACCAGCGCCGUUUUGUUCAGUUCCGACGUUACCGCGAGAGGAAUGGACUUUCCUGGCGUGACACUCGUCCUUCAAGUUGGUCUGCCAAGUUCUGCCGAACAGUAUAUUCACCGUCUAGGACGUACAGCCCGUGCUGGUGCGGGUGGCCGAGGUAUACUCUUGCUAUCUCCUCCAGAAACUUAUUUCCUCGCGAAGCGUGAGAUGAGCGCUCUGCCAAUUACGCCAUACACGUCAACCUUGUCUCUCGACGAGUUACGCACUGUAACCAACACUGUAACUACUGGCCUUGACCCGAAGAUCAAAGGACAAACCUAUGCCGCAUGGCUAGGGUUUUACAAGAGCUACUGCAAGCCAAUGAAGUGGUCACCCGCGCAGCUCGUUAUAGAAGCUAACAAAUAUGCACGAGAAGUGUUAGGAUGGGAAGGGAAGCUCCCACCUCCCCUUGCCAGGAGAACGGUUGGCAUGAUGGGCCUAAAGGGCGUACCUGGACUCAAUAUUGUCGCGAAGCUAGAAGAUUGACAGAUAGGUUCGUAAAAUGUGUGCCCACCACAAUCAGUCUUGGUACAGUCUCAAUGGACUCGACAUAGAAUGCACUUAUUAUAGUGUAAUAGAUUGCUCGUGUUUUCCUUCCCAUCAAUAAAUCACCAUUCUUACGCUGGAAUUAUGUUUGCUACAUGGUAUGAGCUAAAGCAUGAUGAUUGAGAUAUUUACACGAGAUCUGAGAGAAUUACUGCUAUGAAACCAUUUACUGAAACAAGUUAGAAGUCAUCGUCGUCAAAAUCCCGUCUGCGUUGGUAC